AUGCAGCGCCUAGCUCGUGUUCGCAUUUUGGAACCUGAAGACCCGUCAACAAUUUCACCUUUUGAGCAAAGGAUCAGGAAGAUACUUGCAUUCGCAUACCGUAUUUCGGUGUCCAUCUUCGCUACCAUACAUCUCUUCGACUUCUUAUUCAGCAGCGUCUGGAUGCACGGUUAUAUCUGGUCGCUAAACUUACCGAUUGAUCUUGAUAUGUCCGACAAAUCGGCCGGUGCUAUCGUUUAUCACCAACUAGAACAGGUUGGCAACAGAGAACGUCUAUGUCUUAUGGCAGCGAAAGUUCUUGCGAUCACGACGCUGCUAAUAUUCUCUGGUUUUGCAUCCGGCAAGCCCCAAAACGUCUGGAAACUAUUUCAGCUUAGCACAUGUGUAGGAGUCUUGGCAGGGUUUGUUCGAGCACUUCAGCUCAAACAAAGGCUCUUCUCAUCUCUUCACGAGGGAUUUUACUGCUACCUUAUAACAUUUGUCGUUGGCUUGAUCCUGACGCUUAAACCAUUGGAGAGAUUGCCCACCUCUAAGUCAUCGCCACAGCAGAAGAUGACCGCGGAGCAUAUGCCAGCUGAGCAAGUCGAGGAGAAUAACAAUGAUGUUACGCAAGGAGGAGAAAAGAAAGAAAACAACAAUUACUAGUCAAAUUCUACUCAGUGAGAUUUGCCUGAGGGGAGAGUCUGCUACACCAGUUUGUGAUGUCCUCUCAACUUGUACAUAUGCAAAUAGACGGC